AUGGAGGACGCGAGGCGGCGAGAGGAGGACCGCCUCAAGGCGCAGCAGGCGCUCUUCGACGACCUCGACAGGAGGCCGCAGAAGCAGCCGGCACCGCAGGCGGAGCCGGCGCCGGGAGCGACGGCGGCCUCGAGCGGCCCCGCGGCCGAGGCGAUGUCCGCCCGUCCGCCCGCGGUGGCCCCGCCAGCGCAGCCCGCGGCGCCGCGGCAGCAGCCGCAGCAGCCGCCCCCGCAGCAGCGGCAGGGCGCCGCGGCCGGCGCCCCCGCGGGCGUGUACGUGCCGCCGAGCUGGAACACCCGGCCGCCGGCCCUGGAGCUCCCGAGGGGCCAGCGCGCCUCUGUGCGGCUGCGGCCCUGGCGGCGGCGGCCCCGGCCAGCAGCUGUUCGCCAUGGUCGGGCUGGCGGCCCCGAGCGAGGAGUCCUUCACGGACGGUGGUUCCAGGAUUGGUUCGCGCAGGAGAGUACUUCCCUGGCAUGUCCAAGAAGCUGCAGGCAGAGCUGGUGCAGCGCGCAAGGUCGCGCAGCUUCCUGA